AAUUUGACAACAGACGUCAAGAACACAAGUUUGACAAUAAAUAUGCAUGCGUGUGUGCUUCAAAUACAUGGUAUAUAGUGUGUGUAAUAUUUUCUUUAUUGAUUUAAUGUAUCUUUUAUGCAUUAUUUUAAAAAAAUAUUAGCAUUGUGCACUUCUUCUCUAUAUUCUCUAUAAGUGUGGGUGUUUGAAUUCGGAAUGUCAAAGGUGUCAACGAGCGACGUCCGCUAUGACGCCUUACCCCUUUCCAUUUCCAGCCGUCAUGGGCGACACAUCUGUUUCUUAUUUUUUAUAGUCAUUAAUUUUAAUUCUUUAUUUUGUCACUUAUAGAUAAAUAAAAGUAAACUAAUAAUACAGUCCACUCUUAUUCAUAACGCAACAUAUGGUCCUUCUCCCGUGAAACAAUCGGAUCGACGACCUGCGGAAAAUACAAUUUGAAAACCGACGCUUAACCGCCAUCUUAAAAUCGUCGGAGCUUCAUCGGCUGGACAAAAUUUAGCUAUUCAACAAAGAUUGCUGAAGAUAUCGUCAACAAGCAAGUUCAACAUUCAAUACAAUUUGGAAGCCUUGGACAUCACAGGAACCAAUUCUGAUGAUACAUUCAAGCAGAUUGCACCAUCCACUGUGAGUCCGUUCCAAUCAUCUCAUACAUUCCCUUCAUAUUUUUUUUAAUUCUAAUAUAAAUCUUGAAAAUUUUCAUUCUAUUGCAAUUAUUACUUCAUAUUAAUGUGUUUUUAUCAAAAAAGUGCAUAAUUUGUUCGAACGUUUUGAACACGUUGCUAUUUGGUCAUACAUUUAUAACUAGGUACAGUCAUUUUUUAUAUUCAUCUCUAAAAAAUAAAAACUAUUUCAAAACUACAGCAUUAAUACAAACGUAUUGUAUUUUUAUAAAAUUUGCAAAUAAUACAUUAUUAUAUUUUAUAACAUUUGAAAUUCUAUUUCGAUUCAAUUUUUUUAAAUUUGUCAUCUGUCAUCUUAUAAUUUUCAUUUCUUGUCCACAUAAUCUUAUUGGCUUACAUAAAAAAUGGCAGACAUGAAAAGUCUAAUUAAAAAACGAGCUUCAAUUAAAGCAAAACUAACACAAUUUUCAUCAUAUAUCAACAUUUCUAAAUCGUGCCUAAAACUAAGUGAUAGAUAGAAAUCGAAUAUCGACUUCAAAAAUUCGAGUCAUUAUAUCAGAAAUAUGAUGCAUUACAGAACGAUUUGGAGUCUGUAGUGGAUGAUCCCAACGAGCAAUAUGCGGAGCGUGAGGAAUUCGAGAAGCAAUAUUACGGCUUAGUAGCUUCUUCACGUCAGCUGAUCAGUGCAGCGCGCAAGCUUCUACAGAGUGAAGCAGUCUCCGAGGUGGGCUCUUGUGGUGCACAUACACACAAACACAACUCAAUAAGAUUGCCUAAAAUAGACCUUCCAAAAUUCAAUGGUGCUUAUCAUGAUUGGCUGGAAUUUAGAGACACUUUUAUUUCAAUUAUUCAUAUAAACAACAACAUUGAUAACAUUAAUAAGUUACACUACCUGCGUGCUUCUUUGAAGGGAAGUGCAGCACUUGUAAUUAAUAAUUUAGAUUUUACAUCUACCAACUAUGAUAUUGCCUGGAAGUUACUCUGUGACAGGUAUGACAAUAACCGUCUGCUGGUCAAUAACCAUGUUCAAAUGCUUUUCAAUGUAGAACCAAUUAAUAAGGAAGCAAGCAAAGCAUUGCGUUACAUCAUUGAUAUUACGAAUAAGAAUCUUAGGGCUUUAUCAACAUUAGGUCAACCGGUUCAACACUGGGACACUCUCAUUAUUCAUUUAAUGACGAGUAAGUUAGACCAAGUCACAAACCGUCAGUGGGAAGAGUAUAGAAACUCAUUAUGUGAUUCACCUACAUUCUCUACAUUCAUCACAUUCCUUAAUAAUAGAGCUGACUUAUUGGAAACGAUUGAACAGACAAAGUUGGUAAAAUUACAGAGCGAUUUAUCGAAAAACAGUAACAUUAAAACAAAAAGUUUAAUUGUUUCUGAAAACAAAUUAAAACCAAUUUCAUGUCCUAUGUGUAAGCAGUCACAUUUCUUAUUCCUUUGUCCAGAAUUUAGAGAAUUAUCAGUUCAGACACGUUUGGAAAAAGUACAACAGUUUGGAGUAUGUAGCAAUUGUCUUAGAGUGGGUCACAAUUCAAAAAUUUGUAGGUUAGGUCCUUGUACAUAUUGUACUGUUAAACAUAAUACCUUGUUGCAUGUUCAUAAUGAACCUAAUUCAAAUAGUACAACCAUUGCUCUCUCAGCGGAACAUUCAACUGAAAAUAGUAAGUUAUUGUCAAAUUGUAACAAUACAACUAGUCUUGCUUUCUCAGCUAAGCACACUACUGAUAGUCGUCUAACAUUACUUUCGACGGCCCUUGUUCAAGUGGAGGAUUUCAAGGGAAAUCAGUACACUGCACGAGUGUUGUUGGAUAAUGGAAGUACAGCAAACUUCAUAUCCAAAGACUUAGUCAAAAGGCUAAAUUUAUCCACUUAUAAAAUAAAAUCAAAAGUAAUGGGCAUUAAUGCAAAAAUUUCAAACUGCGACGAAGCAUGUGAAAUUUCAUUUACAUCAAAAAAUCAAGUAUUUAGAGCUAGCAUACAAUGUUUUGUACUACCUAAAAUAUCAUUAUGCAUACCUCAAAUAUCAUUAUGCAUACCUCAAAUUUACAUAAAUACAAAGGCUAUUCCUAUACCUUCGGACAUUCGUCUUGCCGACCCCAACUUCAAUACUCCGUCUUCCAUAGACAUUCUUCUUGGAGCUGAAGUCUUUUGGGACGUCAUAGGCUCGGAUCGUAUCCACAUGGGUAGGAAUUUGCCCUUGUUAUGUGAUUCGAAAUUAGGAUGGUUAAUUUCUGGGUCAAUACCUCAGAACAGCCACCCACAACAAACAUGUAUGUUAAUCAAUAGCAUACAUGAAGAUUUAACUCGUUUCUGGGAGUUAGAUUCUAUUGCUACAAAACAUACAUUAACAGCAGAUGAAAGAGCCUGUGAACAAAUAUUUAUCAAUACUACAUCCCGUAACAAAAACGGACGUUUUGUAGUCAACAUUCCUUUAAAGGAAACGCCUAGUGUACUAGGUGAUUCUUAUACAUUAGCUAAACGUCGAUUUUUUUCCUUAGAAAAUCGUUUAAGCCGAAACGAAAACUUCAAACAACAAUAUGUAGAAUUCAUGAAGGAUUACAUUAAAUUAGGACACAUGUCAGAAAAUACCAAUUUCAAGCAAUCUGAACUGUCGAGCUCCUCUUAUUUUUUACCACAUCAUGGUGUAAUACGAGAAUCAAGCACUACUACGAAAUUAAGAGUAGUUUUUGACGGUUCCGCUAAGACAUCAUCAGGUAAAUCAUUUAAUGACAUCCAAAUGGUAGGGCCCAUUCUUCAAAAUGAUUUACUGUCAAUUUUGCUUAGAUUUAGACAACACAAAUAUGUAGUUUGUGCAGAUAUAGAAAAGAUGUAUCGUCAAAUACUCGUUAAUGAUUCACACUGUAAUUAUCAACAGAUAAUUUGGAGAGAACAUCCUACACAUGCUCUCAAAACAUACACAUUAAAUACAGUUACUUAUGGAAUGUCUUCAUCACCAUAUCUAGCUACUAGAUGUCUCAUGCAAUUAGCUCAGGAGCAUCCUGAUCCAUCCAUUCAGUAUACUAUAGCAAAUGACUUUUACAUGGAUGAUUACAUAUCAGGAAAUGCUACUAUUGAUACAACAAUUAGUCAAUGUCAAAGUGUAAUUUCUGCUUUUCAAGCUGCUCAAUUCAACCUUAGGAAAUGGAAAUCAAAUUCAACAGAAAUUACACAAGCUUUAUUAAGUAAUCAUAAUCCAUCUGACAUCAUUAACCUGAGUGAGAAUGAGUUAUCAAAAACGUUAGGUUUAAAUUGGCAUUGUACUGCUGAUGUAUUUUCUUUCAACAUUAAUUUAUACCCCAUUGUUAAGGUGACAAAACGUCAUAUUUUGUCAACAAUUUCUCAGAUCUUUGAUCCUAUUGGUCUCGUGGUACCAUGUAUUGUGAAAGCAAAGAUCAUAAUGCAACAAUUGUGGAUCGCAAAAUGUUCUUGGGAUGACCCAGUCCCAACAGACAUCCAUGAUCUCUGGACUGAAUUUCAAACAACAUUACCUCUUUUAAACAGUUUAGAGAUUCCCCGAUGGAUAACUUGUGAUUUACCAGUCAAAUUACAAUUGCAUGUCUUCUCAGAUGCAUCAGAGAAAGCAUAUGGUACAUGCAUCUAUGUUCGUUCCAUCACUUCUACGGGUGAUGUGCAUGUUCACCUUUUAACUGCUAAAAGCAAGAUAGCCCCGAUAAAGGCUACCACUAUCCCACGGUUAGAACUAUGCGCAGCUCUGUUAGGAUCUCGCUUACAUAAAAAAGUAUGUCAAUCCCUUACAUUAAAUUUUCAAAAAUCUAUCUUUUGGUGCGACUCAACUAUUGUUUUGGGUUGGCUAUCCUCGGCACCAAAUUUACUAAAACCAUUUGUUAGGCAUCGUAUUUCUGAAAUACAAGAUAAUGCAGGUGGAUCAUGGAGGUAUGUUCCGUCUUCAGAAAAUCCCGCAGAUCUCGUCUCACGAGGAUUGAGUGCAGACAGAAUCAAUAAGUUCUCACUAUGGUGGUCAGGGCCUCAAUUCUUGUUAAAUUGUGAAGAGAAUUGGCCAACAUUUCCUCAAAUAUUUUCAAAUUUACCAGAUAUAGUUUGUUCCAAUCAAGUGGACAUAACUGAAAACACACAUUGUUUAGCAAAAAUUACAGAAAAAUGUUCCUCUUUCUGUAAAUUACAACGUAUAGUAGCAUAUGUUAUUAAGUUUAUAAAUAAAUGUCAAAAGAAACCUACUAAGCAGAGCUCUGAAUUAGAGCAAUCAUUGAACAAAUUAUUAAAAUUUAGUCAGCAAGAAACAUUCUUUGAAGAAUACAAUUUACUAAGUACAGGCAAAACAUUACCUGUAAAAAAAACACUAUUAAAACUAUCACCAUUUCUUGACUCAAACGAAUUGAUAAGAGUAGGAGGCAGGCUCAACAACUCAUUUUAUGACUAUAAUGUUAAGCAUCCUAUCCUUUUAUCAAGUUCACAUAAGAUAACUCAUCUAAUUUUCAACAUGUUUCAUAUAACAUUAAAGCAUGUAGGCCCUUUGCUUUUGUUAGCUAGCAUUCGUCAUCACUACUGGCCCAUUGGCGGUAGAAAUUUAGCAAAAAAAACAUGUCAUCAGUGCAUAAAAUGCUGUCGAAUAAAGGCAAAUACACUUCAACCUGUGAUGGGUAAUCUUCCAGAACAACGUUUACAUCUUGAAUUUCCAUUCUUAGACACUGGAAUUGACUAUGCCGGGCCAAUCAUGAUAGCUGACCGAAAAGUCAGGGGAUGUAAACUUGUAAAAUCAUUUAUAUGUGUAUGUGUGUGUCUCGCUACGAGAGCUGUUCAUCUUGAACUUGUUUCAGACAUGACAAAAGAAGCAUUUCUAGCUGCUCUUAGCCGUUUUAUUGCUCGGAGGGGAAAACCACGCAACAUUUUCUCAGACAACGGCACAACCUUUGUAGGAGCCUUUAACGAGUUGGCUCGAUUUCUGUCACAAGAUUUAGAACUUAGGAAUUUCGAUUCAAGUAUUAAAUUUUCAUUUAUCCCUGCUUAUACUCCGCAUUUCGGAGGUAUUUGGGAGUCUGCAGUAAAAUCAACAAAAUAUCAUUUAAAGCGCACAUUAGGUCUAACAAAUUUAACUUUUGAAGAAAUGGCAACAUGUUUAACACAAAUAGAAGCAAUUCUAAAUUCAAGACCUUUAACUCCUCUAUCGGAUGACCCAUCCGAUCUCACUCCAUUAACCCCAGCUCAUUUCCUUAUCGGACGAUCAGUGAUAUUUGCGCCACAUCCUCAAGUACCAGAUAGUACCAAUAUCACUAGUCUGCAGAGGUUUCGCAGAAUAGAAUAUCUCAAGCAACACUUUUGGAAAAGAUUCUCUCAAGAAUACAUCUCUUGGUUGCAACAAAAAUCUAAAUGGUGUAAAACAUCUGCAGAGCCUUUGAAAGUGGGUGAUCUAGUCAUCGUAAAGGAACCAUCAUCAUCUCCGCUACUGUGGCCACUUGGACGCAUACUUCAGCUGUACAGUGGUAGCGACGAUAUUGGAAGAGUUGCAGACAUCUACACACGACGAGGUGUCAUUCGCCGCGCUUUCAACACUAUCUGCCCACUUCCCAUCAAUUAUUGAAGACACUUCAACCGGGGAGUAUGUUUGAAUUCGGAAUGUCAAAGGUGUCAACGAGCGACGUCCGCUAUGACGCCUUACCCCUUUCCAUUUCCAGCCGUCAUGGGCGACACAUCUGUUUCUUAUUUUUUAUAGUCAUUAAUUUUAAUUCUUUAUUUUGUCACUUAUAGAUAAAUAAAAGUAAACUAAUAAUACA